CUAAACCAUAUCUCUGAGACAGAGUUUCUUAUUGCCUGCUUGUAUCUCUGGGUGACCACAGACCCCCUGCUCUCCAAGGUGAGUUGUGAACUCUGGAGCACUACCGAGAUUGGCUGAGAGCUGAAGGAGAGUCCCAAAGAAGCUUCAAUUCUGCAGAACUAUACAGCCUUCUUUACCUUACCUUGACCAGGUGCUUAGAGUUUGGAAAGUCAGGGGUAAGAAUUGAAAUUCCUCCAGGAGUCGCUCAGGAGCAAGCUGUGGCAAGCUGGAGGGUGGGACACAUCCUGAGUUCCAUUCGCUCCCUCCCUUCUCAGCAGUCCUCGCCUGUUCUCACGUGCUCACAGGCAGUUAGGCAGAAGUGAUCCCCGUGGCUCUGCCAAAGACAAGCCUGUUGAGUUGAAAGAAGAAGGAGAAGGAGAAGGAGAAGGAGAAGAGGAAGAAGAAGAAGAAGAAGAAGAAAAAGAAAAAAAAGAAGAAGAAGAAAAAAACUCAGGCAAAGUCACAGCCUUAAAAUUGUUCCCUGGAAGAAGCGUGAGUGGAGAAGUGUGAGAAGAUGAAUGGACCAGUGGAUGGCUUGUGUGACCACUCUAUAAGUGAAGAAGGAGCCUUCAUGUUCACGUCGGAGUCUGUGGGAGAGGGACACCCAGAUAAGAUCUGUGACCAGAUCAGUGACGCAGUGCUGGAUGCCCACCUCAAGCAAGACCCCAAUGCCAAGGUGGCCUGUGAGACGGUGUGCAAGACCGGCAUGGUGCUGCUGUGUGGCGAGAUCACUUCAAUGGCCAUGGUGGAUUACCAGCGAGUGGUGAGGGACACCAUCAAGCACAUCGGCUAUGAUGACUCGGCCAAGGGCUUUGACUUCAAGACUUGCAACGUGCUGGUGGCUUUGGAGCAGCAAUCCCCGGAUAUUGCCCAGUGCGUCCAUCUGGACAGAAACGAGGAGGAUGUCGGGGCAGGAGAUCAGGGUUUGAUGUUUGGCUAUGCCACCGACGAGACAGAGGAGUGCAUGCCCCUCACCAUCAUGCUUGCCCACAAGCUCAAUGCCCGGAUGGCGGACCUCAGGUGCUCCGGCCUCCUCCCCUGGCUGCGCCCUGACUCUAAGACUCAGGUGACAGUUCAGUACAUGCAGGACAAUGGCGCAGUCAUCCCCGUGCGCAUCCACACCAUCGUCAUCUCCGUGCAGCACAACGAAGACAUCACGCUGGAGGAGAUGCGCAGGGCCCUGAAGGAGCAGGUCAUCAGGGCCGUAGUGCCGGCCAAGUACCUGGACAAAGACACCAUCUACCACCUGCAGCCCAGUGGGCGGUUUGUCAUUGGAGGUCCCCAGGGGGAUGCGGGUGUCACUGGCCGUAAGAUUAUUGUGGACACCUAUGGUGGCUGGGGGGCUCAUGGUGGUGGGGCCUUCUCUGGGAAGGACUACACCAAGGUGGACCGCUCAGCUGCAUACGCUGCCCGCUGGGUGGCCAAGUCUCUGGUGAAGGCAGGGCUCUGCCGGAGAGUGCUCGUCCAGGUUUCCUAUGCCAUUGGUGUGGCCGAGCCGCUGUCCAUUUCCAUCUUCACCUACGGAACCUCUCAGAAGACAGAGCAAGAGCUGCUGGAUGUGGUGCGUAAGAACUUCGACCUCCGGCCGGGUGUCAUUGUCAGGGAUUUGGACUUGAAGAAGCCCAUCUACCAGAAGACAGCAUGCUACGGCCAUUUCGGAAGAAGCGAGUUCCCAUGGGAGGUUCCCAAGAAGCUUGUGUUUUAGAGCCAGGGGAGCUGGGCCUGGUCUCACCCUGGAGGUGCCUGGUGGCCAUGCUCCUCUUCCCCAGAGCCCUGGCUGCUGAUGGCCUUCCCCACCCACCAACCCUCGGGGCAAAGCCAGGUUCCUCUCAUUUAGCCUGUUCUGUCAUCAUCAUGGCCUCGGGGCAAAGCCAGGUUCCUCUCAUUUAGCCUGUUCUGUCAUCAUCAUGGCCGGCUGGAGGCAGGGGCUUCCUGGUGCUGGAGGCUGGCUCUUGAUGUGAGGAUGGGCAUGGUGUUCUGCCGCUCCGUCAGACUGGGGCAAUGUUAAUUUAGUGGAAAAGGCACCCCGUCAAGAGUGAAUUCCCUCACUCGCCUCCCCCAACAGCUGGACCCUGACCAGCUCCCCCUCCCUCCCCUUGUCUGUGCCAGGUGAGGUCAGCACAUCUCACAGACCUCAGGGCUCCUUGUGGACCUGGGCUCCUGGGCCUCCCUUUCACAGGCAGCCAGCGCCCUGAGCCAGGGUCUCCAGAAAGCCCCUUCCAGGCCAGGCAUGUGGCAGGGGUUAGAGCAGGACUAAUGUCUCCUAAGCACCUGUAGUGUGCGAGGGACCCAGCUAAUGACUGGGUCAUUUUUUCUUCACUGCAACAUGAUGAGGUAGUACCUUUUAUUAUCCCAUUUAUAGAUGGGGGAAAGCAAAACACAGAGAGGCUGGAUAACUUCCACAGGGUCCCAUAGCCACGUGUUUAGGCCUAGAUGUGUAACUAGGAGCUUUGACUCAGGAGCCUGUAACACACCCCCUCCCCCAUCGUUGUCACAUGCCAGUAACAGGCUUGAACAAUGACAAAGCAGAUUCAGAAAUGAGGCCAUGGACUCUGUCCUGAAGGCCCAAGGUUACUGGAAAUGAGGGGAUUAACCCACCAGCUCUUGUUCAGCCCUGGGCAAUUGUCUGAAAAAUGAAGACGGAACCAUAGGGCUAUUUUGUUUGCUUCAUGUGUCCCAGAAGAUGGCUGAGGGUAAGCUGGAUACCUGGACCAUCAGCAUGGGCUGGAGUUUGGGAUUAACCAGCAGCUCUAGAAUCCCAGCCCCCUGACCUCUCAGAGACAUGCAGAGAUUGGGUUUUUGGACUUCUGGGGUAAGUGGUCUGAGUCCAGUCCAGUCCUAUCUGGGCUUCCUGUAGCAGAAGCAGCAACUUGUCCUAGCACAGAUGGCCAGCCCCUUAUACAGAGGCCCUCAGGUCUUUCUUUUUCCCUGGUCCCUUGUAUCCUCUGCAGGCUGAGUGCAUUUGGAGGGAGGGAGGGGCCCUUCGGAUGCCCCAUCCAGGGAGGCUGGUCCUAAGGCCUCACGUUAAAUAGGCGGGGCUUGCCUUCUGGUGUUGGACAAGCUUGAGAUGUCACGAAGAGAUUCUGCCUUUGCCAGGUGAGUCUCUGGGGAGCAGGUCUGCUCCCAAGGGGCCUGAGCAGUCCUUGGCCUGCUAGGGUCUUGGAAUUCACCUGCCUUUCCAUCCAUGGCCAGCAGUACCUGCCCCACCUGCCCCACUUGUCCUUAGCCUGGACCUCUGAUAGCAGCAUCUCUACCUUCUCCCCAGCUCCCAGGACCACAGGCUCAGGCAGGGGCUUCCAUGGGCCCCAGGGGAACAGUGGGGACUCGGCCUCUCUCUAGGGUGCAUGGUGCUGGUUCAGGCUGGGAGAGGCAGCCCAGGAAGUCUCAUCUGGCGAGCAGGCAGCCUGCAUCUGGGCCUUGGCUUGGAGCACAAAGAGCCUGGCUUUCAUUUUCUCUCAGAUGAACGGAAAUUAAGGCAACAAAAGAAGCCCGGCUCCUGGUCACCUAGGAAGCCUCAAAUUCCUUCCCGUGGAGGGAGGGAGAGGUUUGCAGGUGACCGAGUUCCUCUAACUUGGAUCAUACUCGACAUGAAAAUUCAGAAUUUUAUACUUUCCCUGCCCUCUAGAGAAAUAAGAUAUUUUUUGUCAAUUUGUUUGUUUGAAACUAAAGCCUCUAUUUGUUAAUAGUUCCUGCUAAAACAGUGAAUAAAAGCUCAAGGAGCAACUA